AUGGCGCCCGCACCAUUUGCAGCUGGUCUUGCAAAACCAGAUCUCUCUUCAAAUGAUUCCAAGGUGCUCCAGGCACUGUUCGACGCCGAGUCGUCUCCUUCGCCAGCUUCAGCGACGGUGCAAACGGACGAGUCGCUUCCUCCACUUCCACACAUCUCUGCCUCGGAGCUUCCUGAUCUACAGAAGCGCGAGGCUCAUGCGAUCGGGAGCUUGCAAAACCCAGACAUCUCCCCAUCCUUGGAGGAAAUCAACACUGCUAUCUCACAGCUAUCCGUUAUCAUUACACACCACCCUAAAUAUGCCUCCGCAUACCUUAACCGUGCCCAGGCGCAUCGGCUACUCAUCGACAUCCGAAACAAAGAAACAUCCUCAUCAUCAUCUGCCCCAUCAACUCCCACGCCAGCGACCCAACUUUUCUCCGACCUCGCCGAUACAAUCACGCUAUUGACCCCAAAUUUGCCUACAUCUCCCACUUCCCCACUACAGGCACGUCUCCUCGCAAGCGCACAUACACAUCGGGCCUACAUCCUCUACAAAGCUGCUCGAACCGAGACCUCAGCUGAAGAUCGCAAAGACCUCCUUCCACAGACACUACAAGAUGCAAGCAACGAACGCCUUGAAGAAAUGGCAAGCUUCGAUUUCCAAGCUGGUGGAAGAUAUGGAAAUCCCGUCGCGAAGCAGAUGGCUGUACAUACAAAUCCGUAUGCAAAGAUGUGUGGAGCUAUUGUCAAGGACGCCAUGCAGGCCGAGAUCAAGCAGUGGGCAGAUUCAAGGUAG